GCCACCACCGCACCACCACAAGUCAGUCAAUCAGUCUGUCUCUCUCUCUCUCUCUCUCUACUUUCUAGACCCUUCUUCUUCCUCCAUCUCCCAAAGUCUUCAUGGCUUCCGAUCUCGAAAAGCAGGCCAAGGAGGCCCUCAUCGACGACCACUUCGAGCUCGCCGUUGACCUCUACACCCAGGCCAUCGCCAUCGAUCCCAACAACUCCGAGCUCUACUCCGACCGCGCUCAGGCCAACAUCAAAGCCAAUAAUCUCACCGAGGCGGUUGCGGAUGCGAACAAGGCGAUUGAAUUGGACGCGUCUUUGUACAAGGCCUACUUGCGCAAGGGAAUUGCCUGCCUGAAGCUUGAGGAAUAUCAGACUGCAAAGGCAGCAUUGGAACUUGGUGCUUCUUAUGCUCCAGAGGAACCUAGAUUCGCUAAUCUGAUAAAAGAGUGUGAUGAGCUCAUAGCAGCGGAAAAUAACGAGCUACCAAAGCAACCAAUGGAAACAACCACUACAGAGAGUGUUACAGCCGCAAAAGAUGUUGAGCCAGUGAACCCGCCUUCCGAUCAGGUGACAGUAGCACCUGUCAAACCAAAAUACAGGCAUGAAUUCUACCAGAAGCCUGAAGAAGUGGUCGUGACUAUAUUUGCAAAGGGCAUACCAGCCAAAGAUGUUGCUGUUGAAUUUGGUGAACAAAUAUUAAGUGUCAGCAUUGAUGUUCCUGGUGAAGAUACAUAUCAUUUUCAGCCUCGCCUGUUUGGGAAGAUCAUUCCUGAAAAGUGCAGAUUUGAUGUUUUGUCUACCAAGGUUGAAAUUCGCCUGGCCAAAGCUGAAUCCAUACAGUGGACAUCUCUUGAGUUCAGCAAGGAUAACCCUGUUCCUCUAAAGGUCAAUGCCCCAGUUAUUGGAGCCCAAAGGCCAUCUUACCCAUCCUCCAAACCAAAGCGGGUAGAUUGGGACAAGCUCGAAGCCGAAGUGAAGAAGGAGGAGAAAGAUGAGAAGCUUGAUGGCGAUGCAGCUUUGAACAAAUUUUUCCAAGACAUAUACAAGGAUGCUGAUGAGGACACAAGAAGGGCCAUGAGAAAAUCUUUUGUGGAGUCAAACGGGACGGUGCUUUCGACAAACUGGAAAGAAGUGGGCAACAAGAAGGUCGAGGGAAGUGCCCCUGAUGGAAUGGAGAUGAAGAAAUGGGAGUACUAAGCUCUUACUCAAGUUGGACAGUGAUGUAACCUAUUUGGAGUGCCUUUUGUUUUGGUGGACGCUGUUUAGUUUUUUGUUUUUCAGUUAGUGUCUAUUCUUUUGCCGAUGGUCACCUAGGUUUGUUUUUGCGUUUGGUCUUUUGUGUUUUGUUAUGUACUCGGUACCUCUCAAAGCCGAACUCAUCUGGAACAAGUUUCAAGUGUCUAAUAGUACCUCUAUGUUCCUGUAUGCCUUGGUGAUCUGAAUCUAUGUCUUGCUUAGUUCUG